UCUACUACUUAAUUGCGCAUGUACAAGCACGCGAUGUUUAUGAAUUCUUUUUUUGUCGUGUGUUUAGUGAGAUGGUUGACUAUUGGGUAAAAGUGAAUUGGAUGAUUUGAUUCUUGCGCGGUUGCUUAUCGUUUCGUUGUGAAAUUGCUGAAAUUAUUUGGCCGAUUGGCUUGGUGCUGCUUUGAACUACUUUGUGAGUGACAUGAUUCUGGUGUAUUUUGCUUAUUUCCACCCUAAUUCAUUUUCUUGAGAUGCAUCACUGAGAAGCGAGCUCCUUUUAAUCUGUAAUAUGAUUCACUUUUUGUGUGAAGAAGCUAAGGAAUGAUUUUGAGGUGAAUUCAUGUUUUGAUGUUCUGAUAAUCGGGUUGCCCUUGUUCAAUGGAAAAACAGAAAUUAUGAAGUGUUAAGUGUAUAUAUAUAGAACUAUUUUGAUUGAUGAAAUCCUUUCUGAUAUCAAGAUGAAGGGGGGAUAUUUUUAUCUUGAUCAUGGAAAUGCAAAGCUUGAAACAGUUGUAAUACUGUAGAUAUUGGGGAAAUUUGAGUAAACAAUGAUAAUUUCUUCGAGCGUUGGUAAAUGAAUGUGUUUCGUGAGUGCUUGGUGGAGGCUGAUGUACUCUCGGGUCUGGUUUUGUUUUAUUACGACUAUGUGCGAUCACUGGAGUCUAAAAUAUUUUGCCUACAUCUGCUGAUUUUCGACCCAGAAAUCUAUAGCUGCUUGUCUGUGUUUUAACCUUCUUAGGAAGAGUUUUGGACUUGAAGCAUCAUGUUUACGGGAACUUAAUUUUUCGCUUUCCAGAACUCAUGGUGGAAGGCAAGAGUUCAGGACAAAAUACACUUAUGAUGGAGGAGAUUCAGUUGUAUACUAACUGGGAUGAUGUGAUGUGUUCCAUAUGCUUGGACUUCCCUCACAAUGCUGUUCUUCUCCAAUGCGCAUCGUAUGAAAAAGGAUGUCGUUCCUUCGUAUGUGACACGGAUCAUUUGCAUUCCAAUUGUCUGUACCGCUUCAAACAAGCAAACGGGGUGUCACCGGAAGGCAAGUCUCCAAGUACUGCUGAAAAUAUACUGUGUGCGGGUUCAGAAUCUGACAGCAAACCAGCUUGCCCUUUAUGCAGAGGCGAAGUUACUGGAUGGGUAGUCGUCAAUAAGGCUCGUAAGUAUCUGGAUGAGAAGAAACGUUGCUGUGAAGAGGAAAAAUGUCGAUUUUCUGGUACUUAUUCUGAGCUCCAAAAGCAUGCACAGGUGGAACAUCCUCAUGGCUGCCCUUCAAAAAUAGAUCCUGCACGGCAGCUUGAUUGGGACAAUUUUCAGCAGUCUGCUGAGAUCAUAGAUGUAUUAAGUACUAUCCAUAAUGAAGUUCCGCGUGGAGUGGUUCUUGGUGAUUAUGUUAUCGAGUAUGGAGAUGAUAACUCUGGAGAUGAUUAUGAUGACUUCCCCCGGAAUAAUGGAAAGUGGUGGACAUCUUGUAUUCUGUAUCAUGUUUUUGAUAAGUUUAGGGCAUCUAGAAACCGAAGAAGAUCAAGAGUCAGUGAUGCUAGAAGAGGAAACCGCCGUUUGAGUUUUGAUGCUUCAAACUCUGAUGAGGGUUCUGUGUCAUCUGCGGAAUAUGCGGAUUACAGAGCUGAUGAGACUGAUGAUGAAUAUGUGAGUGCAAGGGCAUUAUCCAGGCGAAGAGUUGCAGAACAUAGCUCUCGAAGACGUCGUUCCCGCUUCUUUCACAACUAGGUGAUGUACGUACAACUACCCUUGUUCUGUAAUUCAUGUUAACUCCAAUUAUAUAUAUACACUCUUGGUAAUCCCUUGUAGUAAUUGUGCAACAGAAUAGAGUUCAUCAUAGGUGUGGAACGGAAAAGUCAAAAAGCUUACAGAUCUCAGUCGAAUAGUAGAUGCCAAAGUCGUAUUGGCAGAGUUGAUGAUGUAAAACUCUAGGUUGACAUGAUCAACUUAUCAGAUUGAUGUUCCUCUUAGGUCACUUGUUUGGAUUGCAGGAGUUUCUCGUUGUAGAACUUUAACGUGCUCUGUUUUCUAAUAAUUGUUUAAUUCUACCCCUUGUUAAUAUUUCUUGCCAGAUUUCCAUAGCUUCUUAGAUGACUGUAUGUCUGUAUUCCACUACUGCUAGAAUUUCUGUGUCAAUUGGAACAAUGUUUAUAAGUGGUAUCAUUUCAUUUCAUCA